UAGAUUACCACUCAGCUUUUGCUGAGCGUAUAGCGUCUUUUUCCUUUGCUAUACGCAGGUGAACACCAAGUUCCAACUCCAAUGGGCAAACUCACCACCGAAGACAAGAAAAAACUCUCCUUGAAUGCCAAAGCACUAAACGUGUUGUUUUGUGCCUUGGGUCAAGAUGAGUUUGCUAGGGUGAGCUCUUGCAAAUCCGCAAAGGAAGCAUGGAAGCUCCUAGAAGCCACCCAUGAAGGAGAUAAAGACACAAAAGCUACCAAGAUAGCUUUAGGAACAUCCGAGUAUGAAAACUUCAAGAUGAAGGCCGGAGAAUCCGUUCAAGAUAUGAACAAACGAUUCAACCCCAUUGUCAACAAUUUGAAUGUUGAAACAUCCACCAUUUGGAACAGCCUAUACUCUCACGAGCUUCUUUUGAAGAAAAUGAAGGAAGAACAACAGGUUCCUAUCAUCAAGAAGACCAUGGCACUCAAAAUUGAUGACCAUCCGGAAAGUGAAGGAAAAAGUGAUGAGGAGCUUGCCAUGUUCAAGAGAUACAAGAAGUUUAUGAAAUGGAACAAGGGCGAAUCCUCAAAAAGAUUUCCAUCAAAGAAAGUUAAGAAGUGGUUUGGAGACCACAAGGAAUCUGAAACUGAGGUAAUUGUUUCUCCUUUCCAAUCACAUAAUAACAUGGCAACUUUAAGGGAACUAGCUGCACCUGACCUUCAGACCCAGCCCAUGUCCAUUACUUAUGCUGUUUUUAAAAAGCCAUUGAAAUUAAACUCUGGAUUUUUGAAUAUGCUUCCCAAGUUUCAUGGCCUGCCUGGUGAAGACCCUUAUAGACAUGUUAAUGAGUUCCUCAUAACAUGUGCAGCCAUGGAACCUGAAGGAGUUCCUCAAGAGCAAAUCAGACUUAGGGCAUUUCCCUUUUCAGUGAUGGACAGAGCAAAAGAUUGGCUGUACUAUAUGCCUCCUGGGUCUUUUACAACCUGGCCAUCACUGCAUAGGGCAUUCUUAGAGGAGUUCUUUCCUGCCUCUAGAAUAGGAUCUAUUAGGAAGGACAUCUGUGGGAUAAAACAAAUGGGGAAUGAAUCAUUUUCUGAAUAUUGGAAGAGAUUCA